UAGAAGUGACAGUAGUGGCAGUGACAAUAGCUGUAGAGGUGGUGCAGGGAAGAAGGCUUGGGCACAACCGUUUCAGAGGCGGUGGUUGUGGCUGCAGGCGGUGGAGGUGAUGGUGGUGGCGCCCCGUCGUCUUGAUAAAAAUUCCACGUGGGAACACAACAGCCGCUGCAUCGUCCCUUCCUUCCUUCCUUUCUUCACUCCUUCCUUUCUUUCCAAAUCUUGCUUUCUGAUUCAAUUCUCACUUUUGCUUGCAUCGUUUUUCCUUCCCUCUCCCCUUGCAGUCUUUAUCCUGCUUCCUUAACUCCCUUCGCCUCUUCCUUCAAUUUUUGCUCGUGUCAUUAGCCCCCCCCCCCCCCCAAACACCUUGUUUUCUGUUUUACUCCCUCAACUUACAUAUUUACCUUGGUACGUCUCUUUUCAUCUCCUUCAUUACUCUCCUACCUUCCUACCCUCCCCCUUCUCAACCUAUCCCUCUAAGAGCCUUCACUACAUCCCUUCCCUCUUCCCUCUUUUUUUUUCCCCCGUCUCAUCUCGCUAAAAGUUAAUUUUCUAUCUUCGUCUCCAUUCCCUUUUAGUUUCGUAUUCCUUAUCUUCACCUUCCCUUCCUCUCUUCCCCUUACAAUCUCUUCUUCCUCUCACCUUCUCUUCUCCUCUCCUCCCUCCUUUCCCCUUAUGAGGCCCCGCUCUGAGGCCAGCGUCAUCGUGCUGCUGGAGACCGGUAAUGAGAUGACGCAGGCGAGGGGGGAGGCAGUGGGUGGGAGUGGGGAUGGCGGAGGCAAGGGGGCCAUGGGCACACGCCAGGCCCUCCUUUGUCUGGUGGCCAUCUUCCUAGUCUCCCUCAGUGCCCUUACCUUUGUCUACAAGAACUUUCCACACCUAGAAGAGGAUGAGUACCAGCACAUGAAACUUCCCCGUGACAUAGAGGAUGCAAAGAGUCUGGGCCGUGUGCUCUCCCACUACAAGGAGCGCUACUUCACUGAGGUGUUGCUUGGCGUCUUCGUCACCUACAUAUUCUUGCAGACCUUUGCAGUGCCAGGGUCCAUCUUCCUGUCAAUUCUCUCAGGGUUUCUCUUUCGAUGGGAGUUGGCACUGCUGCUGAUCUGUUUCUGCUCGGCCACAGGAGCUUCCUUUUGCUACCUGUUGUCGUACCUGGUGGGCAGACCAAUUGUGCUCAAGUACUUGCCUGACCGCACCAAAUCAUGGCAGGAAAAAGUGGACAAACAGAGAGAUAACCUGCUCUUCUACAUCAUCUUCCUUCGCAUCACACCAUUCCUCCCAAACUGGUUCAUCAACAUUACCAGCCCCAUCAUCAAUGUGCCACUGUGGCCCUUCUGGCUUGGUACUUUCAUAGGUGUUGCUCCCCCCAGCAUCCUGGCUGUGCAAGCAGGCACCACCCUGUACCAGCUGACCUCCUCUAGUGAUGCCUUCUCUCUAACUUCUGUGGUUUUAUUAGCAUUAGCCGCUAUCUUGUCACUAGUUCCAAUUAUUCUGAAGAAUCGCCUGCGAGAGAAGUUUGACUAGGAGGAGCCGCCUUCCAUGGGCCGAAAGAGUGGACAAGUUGCUGGAUCUGGUGGAAGAAAGAAAAAGAGAGUGAGGAGGGGAAUUGUGCUUCUCUAUAAGAGAAAAACUGUGGAGGAGGUAGGAGAGGAAGAGGAAGUGGAGGAGGCGGUAGAGUACAGGAGGAAGGCACACCCACCAGGCUCCCCGAAUCCCUUGCCUGGGUCACCGCCUGAACUCCCCUUUGAGAUUGUCAUCAUUGCUCACACUGGGCACUGACCCACCUCGUGCAGCAGGCCAUGACACCCCUUAAUGCCCUACCUGCACUACAGAGUGGCUGGGUGCAGCAAGCUGUUCAUCCAGUGCUUCCUGCUGUGAUCUGUGCCCUGUGUCUGGCUUCAGAGACUGAGAAAUGUACAUGCUCUUUGUCAUUUGCACAUGGGUUGUGGUGUCCCUUUGUCCUGCUCCUGAUGGAGGUGGUGUUAUUCCAUGCAUGGUGUACAGGAUGAAGUAAUGGUGUUACAUGAGGAGGCUGGUUUCACACUUACUGGCUCAGGCAUUUCAGUCCAGGUAAGAAACACAACACAUACUCUUGGCCUCAUGGCAGGUGGAUAUUCUGAUGCCUUGUGUAGGUGUACUGUGUGUGUGUGUGUGUGUGUGUGUGCACAUUCAGCACAUGUGCAUGUGUGUGCAUGUGUGCAUAUUUGCUUGUGGUGUGGGUGUGUUUGUGUGGGUGCAUGCAUGUGUGUGUGGGUGGGUGCAUGCAUGUGUGUGUGUGUGUGUGUGUUUGUGUGGGUGCAUGCAUGUGUGUGUGUAUGUAUGUGUUUGUGUGGGUGCAUGCAUGUGUGUGUGUGUGUGUGUGUGUGUAUGUGCGUGUAUGCGUGCACGCAUAUGCGUGUGUGCAUGCAAGUACAUAUGUUUGUUAAUGUGUAGAGCACUUUAUUGAACAAUCUAUGUAUAAUUAUAAACUUUUAAUAUACAGUACCCUCCCGAGUUUCGCGCUAUCCGAGUUUUGCGUUCCUCGAGUUUCGCGCUUAGUCCUAAAUUCUAACAUCCCGACUUUCGUGCAUUAUCACCCUGAGUUUCGUGCUGCUUUGACAUUUAUGGGUCACGUCUACCUACUAUCAGCGUCACACGCACUGCCUUAAAAGGUAGUGUCACACUGGCCAUUUUCCUCGAACCAUUGGGGCUAUGGGCAACUGCGGGCAACCGCAGUUGCCCGUAUACUCAACCGGGAGCGAGUUAUUGGUUGUCCAUACAGAUGGAAAACAGUUGUGGGUAUGAGCAACUGCGUGGCUGUAUGUAAACAAACAGACGACAGCCAUGGCUGAGGAGUGAGGAGUAGUGGAAGAUGGCCCAUCAAGAGACUUGUUCAGUGGACUGGCAGAGCUGCUUUGUUUACUGUUUAAUUGACAAGAUAAGAGAACACCCCGUGCUUUGUAACCACAGUUCAAAUUUUUUUUUUCUCCAGUCUAUGAAAAUUUUAGGACUUCCGGUGUUGUGUUCCUGGCUGUCCUCCCGCGAACAACACAUGCUCACAAAUGAAUGCAAACAAAGACUUGUUGAUAAACAGAGCUGUUUUUACACAUCCCCCGACAGCAUGGCUAUGCUCACUUUGCUUGCCAACUCCCCCUCACCUCAUGAACCUAUAAUGCUCUAUAGCCCCUUCCCCCAAAUCUGCCAAAAUUACGAGCCUUCAUAUGCACAUCAAGACAGUUUUUUUUUUAAAUAGCAAGAUGCUAUUUCCCGUAAAUUUACCCCUGAAUCACUGCAUGAAGGCUAUUUAUUGGCUCAGGAACACAACACCGGUCUUCACAGCACAGUUCUCUGACGAGGUUUGGGUAAACACUUCUGUUCUCCUGUCUUUGAAGCCAUAAUCGUGCCCAUGUGGCUUGCCUGUGGUUCCUCUGUGCCAUAAGUUCAAAUUGCCACCACUGUGCAUGCGUGGCAAAUCCACCCAUCUAGACUCCACCCACAUAAACACAUGGAUUGAGUAACAACACACACACACACACACACAUGCACGCACACACCAGACUCAUCAGGAACCAUAGCAGAUAUUUCUGAUAAACAGAAACGCUUUCGCCAUAUCUUUGAGUGUGUUAGAACAUAUUUGGUGAGUGGCUCACAUGAACCAAACCUAACCCUUGGCAAGAAGAGAGCAGUCGUCUUUAACAUUGCUCCCUUCUUGCCAUUUGGUAUGUUGCUAUGUAUGAACCACUCACCAAAUAAGUUCUAACACACUCUUGGAAAUGACGAAGCCAUUUCUCUAUUACAUCUGCAGUGGUUCCUGAUGAGUCUGGUGUGUAUGUGUGUGUUGUUACUUGAUCCACGUGUGUAUGUGGGCAGAAUCUAGGUGGGUGGGUUGGCCGUGCACGUGCAGUGGUAACAAUGAGAAUUUCUGGCAUGGAGGAACCACAGACACGCAACACCCACAACUGCUUCUUCCUUCCAUUUAACUGCAGCAACAAGUCUAUAAUUUGGAUAACGGAAGCACAAGCUGCAACAGCCCUUACUUUAGCAGACGACGCUAUGUCAAUACAGGGCAAGUGCUUUGUUUACGUUGUGGAUGUGGAUACGGGCAACCGACAUUGGCCGUGUAUGAUUCACUCCCAGAAAAGUUGGAGUUGCCGGUUGCCCCUACCGCCAACGUGGCGGGAGGAAAAUGGCCGUGUGACACCAGCUUACGGACAACCGACAAUUAACUCGUUCCCAGUUGGGCGAACGGGCAUUGCCCGUAGCCCCAACGGUUGGAGGAAAACGGCCAGUGUGACACCGCCUUAAUGCAGUGAGGCUGCUGAUUGGAUGAGCGCCAGUGAUGACGUCAUCGGAUUCAGCGAAUUACAAGCGUGUUUUCAGAACUGUCAGCCGCCUUCAACUGCGUCUUCAAAAUGACUCGUUCUCUCUUCCCAUUUUCUUUCUUUUUCCAAGGUACGUAUUUUGAGAUAACAAGGGAGGAAAGUGGAAAAAGUCAGCUUCUCCACAGGUUGAAACAAAUAAGCACUUUUUCAGUUUUGCGAUCCUCGACUUUAUCGCUAUGCGCUCGGAACGAAGUAAGCGCGAAACUCAGGAGGGUACUGUAAUGUACAUAAUGUAAGAAUAAGCCAACCCACUUUUUUUCUGACUUAGGGCCUUUUUGAAGAUUAUUUUUUAUGAAGACUUUGUGAAUGAAAGAGUCUCUUCUAUAAACUAGAUUUUGCGACUCAUGUCUAAUUGAAAACCAAGAGGGGAAAGCUCUUCUGGGUAUAGUAUACAGAGCAUUACAGUUCAUAUUAUUUCCAUUGUACAAAGCUGGCUUGUCACGUCCAUCCAACUAAUUUGGAGGGAAUGCUCCAGCCAAUAUGAUGAACACUGGCUGUGUGAACAAGCCGAAGAAGGUACAAUUAUUUAUUCCUACCCACUGAUGAAAACGAGAAGAGGAUAUGCACAGCAUGUUCCUCAAGUUACGUGUCACACUCGGUUUUUCUGUACAACUACUGAAAGAAAGACAUCCACACACCACCAGUGUAAUGUCUUCAGGCCAAAUGUAUAUAUUGUAAACACCUCACUGUGUCGUGUGCAAGCUCUGGGCCUGCCCACAUGUCUUCCUCUCCUCAUGCAGGAAAGGGAGAUAGAUUAAAUACUGAUGAAAGAAGGAAUCAUGAUCCUACAAAGGUAGAUAUAUUUUCAACAAUGAACUGUUUGCCAUGUUAAAGGGUAUUUUCCUGACCUCAAUAAAACUUGUUGACCAGA